AUGGCCCACCAAGCACAUGCAUACCACAUAGUAGACCCAAGCCCCUGACCCCUUACAGGUGCAAUCGCAGCCCUUCUAAUAACUUCAGGGUUAGCUAUUUGAUUCCAUUUUAACUCAACUAUUCUAAUAACAGUUGGGCUAAUCUUACUGCUUUUAACAAUAAUCCAAUGAUGACGUGAUAUUAUCCGAGAGGGGACAUUCCAAGGGCACCAUACCCCCCCAGUACAAAAAGGGUUGCGAUAUGGUAUAAUCCUAUUUAUCACCUCAGAAGUUUUCUUUUUUCUGGGAUUCUUUUGAGCUUUCUACCACUCUAGCCUGGCCCCAACCCCAGAACUAGGCGGUUGUUGACCCCCUUCUGGAGUUAUCACACUUGAUCCUUUUGAAGUGCCUCUUCUUAACACAGCAGUUCUACUUGCCUCUGGUGUUACAGUAACUUGAGCUCACCAUAGCAUUAUAGAAGGUGAACGAAAACAAGCCAUCCACUCACUCACCCUGACUAUUCUCUUAGGUUUCUACUUUACGUUCCUUCAAGCGAUAGAAUAUUAUGAAGCCCCCUUCACAAUCGCUGAUGGCGUUUAUGGGUCAACAUUCUUUGUAGCGACAGGAUUCCACGGAUUACAUGUUAUCAUUGGAUCAACAUUCCUAGCAGUUUGCUUAGUCCGACAAAUUCAAUACCACUUCACAUCACAACACCACUUUGGGUUUGAAGCUGCCGCAUGAUACUGACAUUUUGUAGAUGUUGUAUGAUUAUUCCUUUAUGUCUCAAUUUAUUGAUGAGGAUCUU